UCAGACUAAGGCCGGACAAAAAGAAAUCUUGAAGUCGUUCCAAUUUUGAUUUGCGGAGAAAGGCUCAAUGUCUGGUCAAACUUUUGAGCAGGCGUAGAAGAAAGUUGUUUUCCAUCCCAUUCCCACAACAAUCAAGGCCAUGAGUGUAUUUUACAUCUUAUUCAGCCGACAAUCAACGACUGGCGUUCGCAUUCACAAUGAGCUGCUGAAGCCCCACGCUUUGGCAUUUCUUAUCCUCGUCUGGAGCCAAUGAGGGACUCUACAACACACAUUCAGUAGUCAGGUCUAUUCAGUACAUGUACAACAUCCAAACCUGUUGCUGGCCUUGAAUGAAGAAGCUCGGCACAACAUACGUCGAUUCCCACACAUACACACUCACUGACAGCGCCUCCUGCUAUUGAGAGCGUGCUAUUCUAGUGGAUAGAGGUGAGGUAGUGAGAAUUUGUGCCGUGGAUGCCAAGCCAAAACUUUUUGGGGGAGGGGGAUCGUCUUCAGAUUUCUCUUGAGGAAACAGUGCUGGUGGCUUGUUGGUGCAUCUCCUCCACUUGAGUUGAGGGGUGUUAUGAUUGUCGUCAAGUCCGGAUGCGUGAGUGACGAUGGCGUGACGGACUCUUACCAUGAUGGAUUUGUUUUGGAUCCCCUUGCUGAUGGCCACGGACUUCCUGGCCGCGAUGGUGUUGCCGUACUUCUUGGCCUUCUAUUUGGGACAUGUGCCCGGAUUCAUGCCCUAUGUGAGUGAUUGUGGCGUGUUGAUCCCGGAGAGGACGGUGUUCAGUGAGCUCAUCAACAUCGCAGUGUUCCUACAGCUUUUAUUCUCGUACUUCAGAUAUGAACAAGUCUCCAGUGUCAAAAACUACAGCAUUAAACGUGGCUUGGUGGUGUUGAAUAAGUGGUGUGCAUCAUUGGGCGUCUGCAUCUCGUUUGGCCUCUCCUUGAUUGGAAAUGCUCAAUUGGAACACAACGGCGUCAUCCCAACGGACAAAGACGAAAUGAUGGUUGAACCAGCCUCGCUCACGUCCUCCUCGCCCACCAACAUGGAACUCAGAGGGCAGAACCAUGAGGACAAUGCCUCAACAUAUCUCGGGCCCUAUUCAGAGUAUGCCAGUUUGAUGCAAAACAUCCACUGGUUUGGCGCCUUCUGUGCCUUCAUUAUUGGCAUUCUCUGGAUGUUCCUCCAAAGUGUGCUCACACUGCGCAUGGGCGUCCGAGGAGUCUAUUUCUGCAUCAGAAUAGGCAUCUCCGUGGCAGCCCUGUUCUUUGUGGUGGUCGGGAUCGCUUUGGCGCUCUCAGCGGCGGUUAAAAACGAGAGUGGCAAACUCAAGUGGGACGACUCCGCACAUAAUUUGGAAACCCGGAAAGGGCGAUUGUCGGUGGCAGCCGCCUGUUGUGAAUGGUUGGCUUGUUUCCUCAUCGUGUCCUUCACCGCCACUUUUGUGCCUGAAUUCCGACAUUAUGACCUCAAACGGGCUGGAGUGCGUUCCAAAGGGGCCCUCAAUCCUGGUGGGACCAACCCGACCAGGCUCUCGCAACAUGUUCCAGGUUGCUCGGCGGGUAAUGGGACGGUCCAUGAAAUCGGCCCAGAACUGCAAAGUCAUCAACUCUUGGAAGAACAAGAGAACCUCGUGCAUCCUCAAAACAGCAGCUGACGACAGCGAAAAUCAGUCUUGUUGUUUUUUCACUAGCUGAGAAACGCUUUUCAAGUUUCAUGAUUGCAAGCUUGGAUAAUGUACCUCUACUUUUGGUUACCAUGCUGCCGCAGAAACAUUCAUAUUUGAUACUUCACAAAAUGGUGGAUAUGAUUCACUUUUGAUCACGCUUAAUUUGACAUGUCUCAGUUAAACGAAACUACAAAUGCAAAUCACGUUUUCAAAGACUGGCAUAUGGACCGUGGUUCCUAUUUUUUUCAGCAAGUGCCGUUUCAAAUUUGGGCAUGUCAUUUGUAGCCUACAUGUACGGUACAUAUUAACAUUGAGCUUCGUAGAAGGUUGAUUGGUGACUGAUAUUGGCCUCAGCUCAGUAAACCUGGAUAUUUUUGAUGCUAAAUAUUUAGGGUCCAAUCUACCCUCACUCCAUACCGGUUCUGUGUUGAAUUGAGCAAGAGAUCUAAGAUUAAUGAAAGUAUUUGAAGGCAAGAGCAACUGCAUUGGAUCAAUCACAUGCUUGCAUCAUGACCCUCCUUUAAACUAAGAAAAUACAUAUAUUCAUAAUACAUUCCGCAAAUUAGAGCUCUUCCAAUGUGAAAUUUGAAUGCGUAGUGCCAUCUAUCUUCAAUGCAUCCCCCUGUACUUGAUCAGACUUUAUGCGACACUAGCAUAACAUUCACAACUUUCAUUCCCUAUCUGUUUCCACCCCAAAAUGUGAGGGGGAAGUAUCAUUGAUCAAUCUGCAUACAUUCAAACUUAUCGAACUUAAGGGAAAUCCUUUUGACCCUUUCCAUAAUGCUAUCAAAACUGGCUGAGCAAGUUGACAACAUGAUACGUGUUCAGGCAAAUUACGGCUCAUGGAUCAUAUCAAAAUCCCGGUUAUAAAACAAAAGUUCUCAACAUAAUGGCUUCAUCCUGUAGAUUGAAAGAGAAAUAUAGAUAGUGCCUCCUAGUCUCUACUGAUAUGUGAGUUUUGUCAUCAUUGUUACUUUGUCCUCACUUUUUGAACAUGGCUAUCAAUUCAUAGUACGUGACAAGUACGAGUAUAACAAGCCUUUCACUAUGUCCAAAUAGUACGAUUGAUUGGGUGUCCUUCGUGUGAACGGUCUUAGUUUCAUAGUUACCACAAUACUAUGGAUGGCCUUUGCCAGGGUACAUUUGAUACAUCGCUUACUCGUGUAUACGCGUGAGAAUACGGAAGAAUCACUUUAAAGCUCUAAAGCUUAGACCAGAGAGGGGCCUUUGUAACAUCUCUUUUACAAUAAAGCAAGAAUAGGAGAAAAUAUUCUGAAUUUAAAUUGAAAUGUGAAAGGUCACAAAAUUAGGAAAAAACAUUAAAUUUCAAUUUUGAUUUAUCGAACACGUGAUAUUUGGUUUCAUUUUUCGCUUCAUGACAACUUGAUAUUUUAGGUUUUGACAAGCUGUCUUAACCUUGGUGUAGAGGGGAAAAGGGUACAACAUGAAGAAUCUAAUAUUCAGACUAUUUAGACCCUUUAAUGACGAUGUAUUAUAUUUUUGAUUAACUAUAGGGAUUACUUUUUAUAAAUUAUUGCACUACUUUACCGCCCUAAAGUGUUAAAUUAUCAUCACACGGUUGAAUUUGUAUUUCAUUUUCAUUACAUUGAAAAAACUCUUUCAAUAAAGAUAAUGAUAAUGAGUUCAA